AUGAAUCUUUGGCCUUUACUCCGCGGGAAACAUCGCACAGUGUAUCUGGGCAAUCCUCGAGAUGACUCCAGUGCCCAGCAUCCACCACCGAAGGAAGGCAAGCAAACAGGGGACCAUAGUGUCCCAGACACAGAUACCCGACAGACGCCCACAUCUCCUUGGACCACUCCGACUGAAAGUACGCCGCAGAAAGUGAGUAGCUCAAAAUACGUCAAGCCAUCCAUAGCCGCUGCCACCAUCGUCGGCAUCAUUUUUGUCGCCGGAGGUGUAUUCCUCCUGGUCUGGUACAUCCGGCAAGAAAGACGAGCACGCCGUCUCCGUGUCUUGCAAUCCCAGAACCCGUCGCAAGAUCCCUUCUGCCAGUCAACCCUAACUCUGAACGAAGACAGCGACAGAAACCUGAAUGAAUUCCUCAUGAAAGAUCUGCAGCCAGAACGCAGAUCCAUGAUGUUCAAUCAAUCUCUCUCGCCCUCCUUUCCAUUCCUUGUGGAUGACUUCGAUCAUACAAGUACAUCCACGCCCAGCCUCAGCAAGCCCGACUCCAACAUGACCCUCACUCCAGGCUCAACAGAGACAACUGUGCCUCCAAUUCCACCUGAAAAGACACCAAAUGCACCCCCUGCCCCUCGCCUGUCGAUAGCUUCGACGGCCCCGCCGACAGCGAGAUCCUCGCAGUUGUGGACUACGACAACAGGGACAACUACAUCGACUGUCCUCACGGAACUCAGUUCGCUCUUAAGCAAUCCCGACCCCGGAAGCUCUCGUACCUCGCAAUCAACGCCCCGAGUAGCUGAUGAAAUCACUUCUUCCGUCCCAUCUAGUCUGGUAUCGCACUUGUCAACCUCGUCUCAUGUAUCCAGUCGACGUUCUCCGGGUGCUGUGAGGGCUGAGCCACAAGCGGUCGAGAACCUAGAACGGACAGAGGACCAAUUCACAUCGGCGAAGUGA